AUGGUCAACAACAGCAACAGCGCUAGAUUAAAACGAAUCAAGAGAUAUGUUAGACCGCUUCUAUCCAAGAUCAAGCAAUUGAAUGAUGCUUAUACAACCAAUUCCAAAUUGUUUGACCUCAAUGUGCGAGAUAUAUACAAGAAAAACACGUAUGAACGAGAUCUGAGAUAUGGUCUUAAUAACGAUGACGACAGUGGCGACGACGACGACGACGAUUAUGACGACUAUGACGACCAUGACUAUAGCGUUAAACCAAGAUUUAGACUAGAUUCGCCGGAUCUCAGACUCGAGUUCUUGCUGGAGUACAUCUCUCCGGAAUUAUACCACGAGUAUAAGCAAUUUUUUGAAAUCGUCAAGUCCGUCAUGGAGACGUUAUCUACCGGUUGUCUGCAUCACAACUUGGCCAGCCGCUGCGCAGUUGAGCUUGGGAAAGAAAUGGCUCUUUUCACCAGGAGUUCGUAUUAUCGACUUGGGAACGUCUCGCUUUUCGACCAGGACUGGGUCGAUCCUCAAAUUAGCAAGCUCAGCGGUUGCAUGUAUCAAGAUGUCGACGAAUGGUUGUGCAAAGAGUGUGAUGACGCCGCUGGCGCUCUUGUCCUUACUCACGCGCAAUACCUCUUUGGCGGGUAUGUUGUGCGGUUGCUUGUUAUACACUGCAACACUAUAUUGUACAUGUUGAUCCCGGUGAUAUACCAAUGGAUGGAACAGUCAAGCAACCCUUACUUGCUUCAUUUAUCGAAAACCUUGCUUGAUGAGUUUUGGACUUUCAACAAGACCACCAAAAUAGACAUUGAGCAUAUCAACGGCGUCUAUUUUGCCAACGCGAAAGUGUUGUUUUGGGGGUUGGACUAUAUAAACUACUGGCCAAUGGACAACAAGCAGCGGAUAUGUGCGUUUAUCCAGCAUUAUGAUUACAAACUUCUAGAGAAAUUGGCUAGACUUCGUCGCGUGGACGAGGAUAUGGACAAUGUGUUUAUGCUUGAGUAUAUGCGACUAGACGUGGAUAAUCCUGACAAUAGUGAGUUAUUGGUGUUGAUGCUAAAGUCAUUGUUGAAGAAAGUGAGAACAUCAGCGACCCAAAAGAACAGAGCUGUGCACUUUUAUCAUGUGGUCUUGAAGCAAGCUCAGAAUUUACUUGAUGCUUGGAUCGCUCCUGGAAAGCACUCGUUGUAUAAUGCGCGAUAUCCGCAUAAUGCGACUGCAAUUGCAGGAUUUUACACAUUUGAGUCCACACUCAGGAAAAAGUUGAAAACUUUGGCAAGGGAAAGUGACCAUUCCCGAGAUGCUGGUUUUUUACUUUUGAAGCUAGGCGCUUUUAAGCAACGUCUUGAAGCCCACCGGAAGUACAGAGACGAGAGGAUACUGCGAGGGGUGGGUCGCCACUUGAAACAAAGAUGA